GUGCAGCACAUCAUAACUCCCUUUUCUUUGGCAUUGCUCCUAACUCCCUCAGUUGGGGCUUGAUACUCCCAACUCUCGAAUCUUCUUCCUAAUCGAAUGGCGGGGGCUGCGACAGUAUCGCCCUACAUCAGCCUCACAUGUACCAAUCUUCGCAACACCAUCUCACCCUCUCGGCCUCUCUCGUUCCCUCCUCAAUCACUAGUUCUUCGUCACCACUUCUUCAGAACCAGGUUCAAUGGAAACUCGAGGCUUAUCAGCACUCAUCGCUCAAAGGGUUCGAUUGGUGAAGAAGAAUUGGAGGAAAUUGAUGAAGCUUUCUCGUAUAAUAAUGACAAUGUGAUCGGCGAAGAAGAAGAAGAGAGCGAUGAAGAUGAUGAUACGGAGAGCAGUCUCGAUUUGCUAUUCAGGUUUCUCCAAAGCAUGUUUAAGAAGCUCUCCAAGCGUGUUCGAAAGGCCUCUCGUUCUGUCUUGCCUGCUGUCAUUCCUCCUCAGCUGGUCUCUUUUGCAGUUGACGGGGUACUUCUUUUGGCUUCACUUUCUAUCCUGAAGGCCCUUCUUGAGGUGGCGUGCACCAUCGGAGGCACUGUAUUUGUGGUAAUCCUACUCCUACGUGUGAUUUGGGCUGCUAUGGCCUACUUUCAAUUGAGUGGGAAUAAUUUCAACCCAAAUGGAACUUCCUAUGGAAGAACACAACCAGUAACUUAACUCUCUGGAGCUUUCUCCAUUCAUCUUUACAAUUGUGUAGUAGCUUUUUGAAACACUACUAUUACUACUUUGAGCUUGUAUAGUGUUGUAAAUUUUGAGUGAUGACAUUCUUUAGCUUGCAUGCUAGCUUCGUGAUAUUAAGGAUUUUACAUCCGAAUAAGAAUGGCAUUAGUUUUUUUUUUUUAA